AUGAGCAACCAAUAUGAUGAUAUUCACCCCACCAUCACGACCUUAAAUAAUAAUAUAAAAACUUUAAACAACGAGCGCCAUGAGCUUCUUUCAACGAUUACUGGCCUUACAGACCGUCUCAACCAAAUAGAGCAGCAUAUGAGAGACUGCAAUGUGGAAAUACAAGGUAUACCCGAGGACAAGAAUGAGAACCUAGUAAACACAGUACAACACAUCGCAGAGGUAGUCUCCUGCAGCAUGUCGGACGUCGAUAUCCUUCACUGCACCAGAGUCGCCAGUCAAAAUAAGGAAAACAAGAAGCCUCGCACUAUCAUCGCUAAACUACGCAGCACACGCUGCCGCGACGAGCUACUGUCAGCCGUCGGGCGCUUCAACAAGACCAAGGCCAGGUACCAGAAGCUCAACUCGUCAGUACUGGGCAUCGGAGGUCCCGCCGUGCCUGUCUACGUGUCCGAGCAUCUGUCCCCGGUGAAUAAGACUCUUCACUGGGCUGCGAGGAAGAAAGCUACGGAACUCUCUUACAAAUACGUCUGGGUCAGAAACGGAUCAGUGUUCUUGCGUAAAGACGAUAACUCUAGAUAUAAUAUAAUCGUCAAAACACAACAGAUGCUGGAUUCUCUUCAGUAA